AUGUCGACCUCAGCACCGGCCCGCCCCAGUUACGUAGACGUUUUCCUGGACAUGCUGAUCUCCCAGCUCUCACACUCAUAUCUGGGCGAUUGGCAGGAGUACAGCAGGGUACUCAGGCAGCGCAAUCACCUUUUACGGGCGAUACGUGAAGGAAGUUCAACAAAGUCGGAGCUUGAAUUCUGGGAUAUCAGGUUUGCCGCCAGCGCCGGUAGAAUUGUGGCGGAAAGGCUAGAGACUCUCGAUAAGCUGGGCAAGUUCGCCAACAACAUUCAUGCUCGACUGAGCGCCUCCGACGAACCGCUCACACUGACCUACCAGCCGUCUUCAGAAAUCGGGGACUCCCCGGACCAACGAGAAUUAGCGAACGCGUUGCUCCAAGAAAUGCGUGGGAGGAGCCUUCGCGAGAUUGCAGCUGGUCACUCCCUCAUGGGACCCCAUCGGGACGACCUCUCCGCCUGCAUUGGAGACAUGGACGUGGCUGGAUUUGCCUCGCGUGGUCAGGCAAGGACUGUGGUCCUAGCACUCAAGCUCGCUGAAGCCCACCUUAUAUCCGAGUCAAUGGGGGAUGAACCAGUAAUACUCCUCGACGACGUCAUGUCGGAGCUCGACCCCGGACGACAGCGCCAGGUUCUCGAUUUCACGUCACAGUAUGAGCAGGUCAUAAUCACGACUGCAGAGCCGGGACUUGCCGACCAGCUUGGAAUAGAGAGUAGCCGCAGAAUUCUCGUCGAGUCAGGUAGACUUACCGCCGCAAUAUGA